AUGCCACCCGCCACUUUCUUUUCCCAAAGGAAGGCAAAGGCAACAAAAAAAAUGAAUUCAAGGCAACGUCCAUUACAUGCAUGUGGAGUUUCAAUCUUAGCAAUUGGUGACAUUGCAAUAGGAAAAACCCAAAAUAUCAAAGGACCAUUAGGUUCAACAUUAAGAAAUAUGGCAAACUUGGCCAAAUUUGUCACACCCUUAAUCUAUGUCAUUCAAUACCAAUGGCUAGCAACCCUCGCCUUCAUCGACGAUCGCAUUCUAGCAGCCGAAAACAUUACGGAGAAAUUGUUUCCACCUUCGACAUACGUGUUCAACAAAAUCGAUGAAAUUGUGUUAAUGAUAGUUUAUUUACCAGAUAAACUUGAUGGCGCAUUGAGCAAGUAUGUACCUUUGAUAAUCCACCAUGUUCCAUUGUUGGAAUGGACAUUGCAAAUUGUAAUCUCAAAGUUGAAUUAUUUGGCUUCAACUUUGGUACAUGAAAAUUCAAGUGUGGAUGAGAAAACAAUAGGUGUUGAUAGUAAUUAUUGCAGCAAUAAUAGUACUAAUGAGGUAGAAUCAUCUGCAUCUGAGGAGUUUCUUAACCUUCCGGUGGAUCCGUCGAGCGUGGAAAGUUUUCCUCCUAUACCAGAAGCUGAUAAUAAAGGAGUUAUUAUGGCAGUGUCUUGUAGUCACAAAAAGAAAGGAUCAUAUAAAGAAGUAUUGUUGGAGAGUAAUGAGAAGAAAAUCGAAUGCGAUGAAUGUGAAGGAAAACAAAAAAAAAUUGAUGAGAGUACUGAAGAGCUUGAUGGAAGUAAAGGAUCAUACAAAGAAGUAUUAUUGGAGAGUAAUGAGAAGAAAAUAGAAGGUGAAGGAAAACAAAAAAAUUUUGAUGAGAGUACUCAAGAGCUUGAUGAAAGUAUGAUGAAAUUUAAUGUUGAGAGAAAUGAAAACAUGAAACAAAACAUGAAACAUGAUCCACUUUUGGAGUUGUUUGAAUCUGCAUGGCUUAUGAGUCCUGCUAGUUACAGGAACAAUGCAGAGAAAGAGAAUUAA